AUGCAAGGAGUAGCUCAAUCCUACGAUAAUUCGGAUCAUUGGUCAAUCAGACGUCAGAUACUAUCGAUAGUGACAAAAAAUAUUCCACUGGACAUCGCUCAAAAGUUUAUUCCCAAUUUGACCCCUUGGAGGUUCAAGCAAGCUCGAUCACACGCUGAUUUUGAAGGGAAAGGCGUAACGGUCGAUACCACACGUUCACCAAGAGUCGGUUAUGAAAAACAAGCAGUUUCGCAUUUCAUUCAGUUUAUUGUGUCACCAAACGUAUGUACGGACCUGCCGUUCGGAGAGAAAACGCUGGUUCUGACUACCGGGGAGGAACUCGAAAUUCCCAACACGAUUCGAAAUAUGAUACCGACGAGAAUAAUCAAUCAAUAUAAUGCUUACGUCAACGAAAUGCGCUCGUCACAGCAGAUUUCUUUAGAUUUUGAAGCUCUCUUUAUGCGAUAUUGAACGAAUGUUUAGCGUCGAAAAGAAAAUCGUUGCAAGGGCUUGAUUAUUUUUCAGCCGACGGAUCAUCGGUCAAAUGUCCGGUGUCAAAAAUCCGUCCGUAGUUCAUGAUGUUGCUGAUAAUGAUGAGACUGUUGAAGAAUGAUAAUGAAAAUAAAAACUUGGUUUCUAAAGAUUCUUUUCCUUUAAGCCUUAGUCUUACUUUUGUUCUACCUGUUCGUUUCUGCGCAUAACGAGUUAAAUAGAGAAAGCUUUUUAUUGAAAACUUUAUGAGGGGUGCUAAAUAUUCCACAAAUAUCAUAAGACUUGACAUAAUGUUGCAUUUUGUUUACAAAUCAACCGGCUGAUUGAUCGCGAAGAAGAAACAGUAGGAAAAUAAACCUUGCACGGUGUAGAAAAUGACUGUAUAUUCGAUCGUACGCUGCUUAUCGUGUUUCUUGUAUAUUAAUACGCAUCUUUAGAAACAUGAAUCUUGUCUUUUUCCCAUUCUUAGACUAAGCAGUGACAUCCUUCUGAUGAUCUGAUGAAAAGUAUGUUGUACGACACUCUAAGAUUUAUCUUUUUGCAAUUUAGCUAUGAGAAAAACGGUUGGAUUUCAGUUUAAUUCUAGCGGUUUAAGAAAGCGCUUUCGACGUUGAAUGCGACUAGAUCAUUAUAUUGGCACAUAACAUGCAUAUAGGACGACCUCUCUCUUGAACUCAAGAUAAGAGAUGAAAAAAUUCUAUUUUCAUCGAUUAUUCAGUUUAGUCAGUUUAUAUUGCCAGUACGGACACACGUCCAACUUCUCCUUCUUGAAAUAUUCUUCAAUAUGUAGUGAACGGUUCACUACAUAUUGAAGAAUAUUAGAGUAUGGGCACCGGGACCAAAAAAUUUUUCUGGUCCCGGUAAAAGAUUCGCGUGCCAUUCCAUUAACUUUAGUAAACUAAUAUUUGAUCACGCAUUUUGUACAGAAAUGUUUGCUCUUUCAGCCUAUAUAUUUUAAAGUAUAUCACGGGCGUGCGUUAUCAAUUAAUUUAGCAAAUAUAAUGACCGGGACCAGAUUGAUCCCGGUUGGUCCCGGUCAUUGUAUUUGCUAAAUUAAUUGAUAACGCACGCCCGUGAUAUACUUUAAAAUAUAUAGGCUGAAAGAGCAAACAUUUCUGUACAAAAUGCGUGAUCAAAUAUUAGUUUACCACUAAAGUUAAUGGAAUGGCACGCGAAUCUUUUACAAGGACCAGAAAAAUUCUUUGGUCCCGGUCCCCAUCUCUAAGUGAACCGAAUAUGAAAUAAUUUAUGCUGGAAAAAAUAAUAAUAUAGAAAUAUAUAAAAUUCUGCCUUCCCUUAUCCUGUUCUUGAAAGAAAAAUAAAGUUCUACACACAUCAGAGUCCGAAUCGAACCGAAUUUUCGAAUCGAAUCCGGGCUCUGAUACACAUAUACUUCAGAUUAGCAUAAAAGGUAGAACUAGGGAUACUGUUUAAACAAACAUUAUACAGCUGUUUUACUUGUAUUUCAUUCAUGUUUCUCUGUUUUAUCUAACUGAACUAGUAAUGGGAAUUAUAUAGACAUGAAUGUUUUGUUAUACAACCGCAGUGAUGAAUAUAACGGUAGUUUAUGGUAGUUAUUAUCAUCAUUUAACACUCUGAUUUAUGGACUAUCAAUAGCUCUGUCUCACGAAUGACAGUAGUAGCCUUUUAACUGUUUUCAUUUCUGUUGUGCAUGCAUUAUUUCUCACUACGAUGGCCAGAACAGAAAACCGGAAAGUCAUGGUAGUACAGAAAGUUCUAUGAAAACUCAUUUGAGUUUUUCAUUUGCUUCGAAAGUUGCUUUUCAUAAGCUCAUCUGUGACAUUUACAGCCUUAUACCAGCGCCACCUUUUUUGAAAAAAUAGCUCGGCAUAGAGUACAACUUCUGUACUUCAAACUGCAACAAAAGUGCCAAAAGGAUACCUUCGAAUUUCUUAACUUCUUAUCUGAGAAUUUGCCAGAAUGUACACUGACUUCAUAAUGAGUGCAAUGUUUCUUUUGGAUAAAAACAUAAAAUUUGUCCCUUUCGCGUUUCUUGCUUUAUAACUCUCUCUAUCGCGCGCAUAGAAAGAACGAAACAUAAAAGCGAAGAAAAAUAACAUAAAAGAGAGCGGAAAAAAGCGGCAUCUUUGAUAUCUGCUGUUGAAUAUAGUGUGAGAUACCAUGAAAACUCAGUGAAAAAUCCGGAUCCCAAAAAUGUCGGUACGCAGACGAGACUUGCAGCGUACAAAGUAACUCGUCGCGCUGAUUCCAAAUAUGUAAAAAGCUCAAUAGAAAAAAAUCAUCAAAUUUUGAUAUGUUUGACUUGAGUGGAAACUUUGAUGAUGCCACGACGUAGUACCCGCGAAAAAACUACUCUUUGAUGACGCAGCUAAUGAAUACUUGCAACCAUGGCACUAUCCAUAUAUUCUCUAGAUGUGAAACGGCGCCAGAUAACUUUUGAUUCAGGUGGAAAUCUUGGUAAUGUCACGACGCAGAACACGGGAAAAAGUGACUCAAUGAUAAACAGUAUGAAAACUCUCGAAUCUCCGACCAUGAGCGGUAAACUGAUAUUAAAAGACAAAUCUAUUCUAUCUACGAUUAAAAUAUACAGAGGAUGGCAAAUAGUGACUCCUUAAGAGUUUUGACAACCGCAAGGCACUUAUCAGUUCCUAGAACGUCUCAGCCCUUAUAGCGUGCGGGUUAGGUUAAGUCGUCAUGUCUAUGUAGGUGUGUUUCGCUAGUGAUCAACAUCGCUACAUCUCUGGGUCGGGUCAGGU